AUGUUCAACCGCAAUCAAAGUUUCUACUCUAACAUGUAUCCAAGUACUUCAUCAUCUCCCUCUGCUCCGAAUAUGGCCUAUGAAGUUCCAUCGUCCAUGCAAAACCGUCAUGAAGAACAAUUUUAUCAACAUUCUUACCAAUUGGAAGAUGCUUUGCAGGGCCUUCAACUCGUCUUGUUAGUCGACAAAAGUGGCUCUAUGAAUAUUGCGGAUGAAGAUGCUACUGGACAAGGUCGAUCCAAUGGUAUGAUUGCUCCUAACGUUUGGACUCGUUAUGACAAUGUGUUUCAAGUUGCAAAAUACUUGGCAGAGAGUGUAUUUCAGUACGAUGCCAAUGGAUCUGUUCCAAUCAUAUUCUUUGAUGAGUUUGUGAAAGAAGAGGAGGCCACAAAUAUUGGGCAAAUGCUUGUCAAGUUCAGGAAUAACAAGCCUCAAACGGGAACGACCAACAUGUUGGAUGCUUUGAAAUUGGCAUUUGACAGACAUCUUAACAACCGAGAGAAUAUUCUGUUUAUUGUUUUCACGGAUGGAUGUCCUGAUGCAGGUCAAGAACCUAAAAUUCUCGAUCUGAUUCAUAAGAGAGUUGUGAAAUCUGACCCUACUGGAAAUCGAGUGAAUAUCUUGUUCAUUAGACAUGGUGAUGAUCCACAGGCUAUUCAAUUCUUGAAACACUUGGAUGAUUGUGACCUGAUUGGAAAAAACGUGGACACGAAGAGUGACAAUGCCGUCUUUGCUAUGGGUCCUAAAAACGUUAUUUUGAAUGCAAUUUUUGAACAUAUGGAUGAUCAAUUCGCACACUUUGUGUAA